AUGGCCAGCCCUGGUGGUCCGUCGAAGCCCAAACACAAUGUGAUGGUAUCGUUAUUUGGCACCGAAUGCUCGGAAUGGCCGUUUUCGGAUUCGUCAUUGGUACAGGCAUUGGCAUUCAAAACUCAACAGGAAAAGACCAAACAGCAAUAUUAUAAACUGGAAUGUGUCAAUCGGUCGAUCGAGCUUCUGAAAACUGCGGUGAAUGCCCGAAUUCCGGGUCCAAUGAUUGCACAAUUGUUCCAGGGAUCAGGAUCGGGAUCAGGAUCAGGACUAGGAUCAGGAAUAGACUACAAUAAAUCGCAAGAAACAAGCGGAAACCAGGUGCCCACAGCGUUGAGACCGUCUAGAGCGGAUUCGGCGCCGCUGAACUAUAGUUUCCCACCGGGCAAUUACAACGGGGCUAGGGCCUCCGCUAAUAUACAUCGCAGAACCAACUCGCCGGCGAGAAUCGGAGCUGCAGCUGUAGCAAGUUUGGCCGAGCAUCGGGACUUGAAAGAAGAGGACAAAGACGAGCUGCCGUUGGGUCCUGCCAAUCAACAUCCUCCACCACCGCCACCACCAUCUUACCACAUGAAUGGUCCGUCACCUUUACAAUUUCGAUCACACCGUCGGAAUUUCUCGGUGCCGCUUGCAAGACCGGCCCAUCUUUCACCACAAGAGACUCCUGCUCAAUACCCGGCCAGAAGAACCCACAACCCCAUGACCUCAGUGAUAAAUUUUGGUUCUUGGCAAAGUUACGAUCCAGCUCCUCCAUCUACGAUAAGACGGGCAGGCCCUAUAAGAAAGCAUCGUAAGACGAAAUCUGCGAGCGUGACUCCCAAUUUUGGCGUGAUAGACAUGAACGCACCCAAUCAGAUGCGUUUGCCAGAAUUAGGAAAGCCCUCAGACUAUUAUGUGCCCAAAGAGAAGGGUCAUAUUGAAGAUGAAAACGAUUUCGACGACCAGCAAACGUGUAGUGAACACAGUAGUCGCGAAACUACACCAAUUCCACAAGUAACGAAGGGUCCCAAUUUCGCCAAUAAUUUACUGAACAGUUAG